AUGUUUGUUCGUCAGCUGUUGGGCCUUCUGGCCGUCGGCACUGGCCUGGCUACGGCUGUCAAUCUUACUGGAUACGAGUAUGUGGUUGUGGGAUCUGGAGCCGGUGGUGGCCCGUUAGCUGCUCGUCUGGCCCUCGCAGGACAUAAGACUCUGCUGAUCGAGGCCGGUGAUGAUCAGGGUCUGAACCUCAACUAUUCCAUUCCCGCCUACUCGGCAAAGGCCUCGGAGGAUGAGGAGAUGUCCUGGAACUUCUUCGUUCGCCACUACGCAGAUGAGGCGAGACAAGCUCGGGACUAUAAAACCAGCUAUGAAACUCCAAGUGGUGAGAUCUAUACCGGUCUGAACCCACCGGAGGGCUCAACCAUGAAGGGCACCCUCUAUCCUCGCACGGGAACCCUCGGUGGUUGCACUGCGCACAAUGCCCUGAUCGCGAUCUAUCCUCACCAGUCCGACUUCGAAUACAUUGCCACCCUUACUGGUGACGGCUCUUGGUCCCCGGAUAACAUGCGCAAGUACUUUGCCAGGUUAGAGAACAACAACUACCUCCUCCCUGGAAUGAAAGGCCAUGGCUAUGACGGCUGGCUCCAUACCGAGACCGCCCCGCUCAGCCUGGUUUUGGAGGAUCCCCAGCUUCUCAGCUUGCUCCUGGGUGGUGCUUUCGCUCUCGGUAAUCAUACCAACACGAUCUUCAACGUUGGAACCCUUCUUGCCGGUGAUGCGAAUGCCGACCAGAAGACUCGCGAUACCAAGCCGGGCUAUUACCAGAUCCCGAUCUCCACCAACGACGCCCACCGCAACGGACCCCGCGAGUUCAUCCUCGCGGUCCGCGAUGCUAAGAACGCCGACGGUAGCAAGAAGUAUCCCUUGGACGUGCGCACCAACUGUUUCGUCACCAAAGUGACCUUCGACGAGUCUGAGAACCCACCCCGCGCUACCGGCGUUGAAUUCCUCGAUGGCCAACAUCUCUACCGCGCCAGCCCCCUCGCAAACGACUACUCCAAGGGAACACCGGGUACCGCGCAGGCCUCGCGCGAAGUCAUCGUCGCCGGCGGUGUGUACAACUCCCCCCAGCUCCUCAAACUGAGCGGUGUCGGCCCAGCCGAGGAGCUCCAGAAGUUCGGAAUCAAGGUUAUCUCCGAUCUGCCGGGCGUGGGAACCAACCUGCAGGAUCACUACGAGAUCACCGUGCAGGGCCACGUCCCCAAGGACUGGGCCGUCCUAGACGGCUGCACCUUCAGCGAGAAUGGCCAAGCCGACCCCUGCAUCGACCGAUGGGAAACCCCCACCCUAUCCUGA